AUGUACGGACGACCCAACCGAUUCCGCCCUCGCCGCGGCGGCGGCGGCAACCCUCCACAGCCGGCGCCGCCACCUGCAAACGGUGGCGUUAACUUCCAAAACCCUAAUAUCUUCUGCCAAACUGUCCCAACUUACCCAGCUCACACUCACAACCCUAACAUUUUCUCCCAAACAGUCCCAACUUACUCACCUCAACCUCAGGUUCAAAACCAUGGUUUCCACCUUCAUAACCCUAUUUGGCCUUUCCAGCAAAACCCUGCUUUGCCUGUUGAAAACGUUGUUGGUUUUCCUCCCCAGCAGUUGCCCUCCAGUUCGGUCCAAACCCCAAGUUCUUCUGUGAAUCCUAAAGAACUUAUGGAGAAGGUUGACCGUGCUGUUGUUAAGGCUUGUGAUGAUCUUCUCAAGGCUGGAGAGUCUGUCUCCUCUUGGAAGGUGUCUCAGAAAGCAUUGCUGAUGCUCCAAGUUGAUUCAUGGACAACCUUGGGGAUUAAAAUGCAGCAAGUUUCGUCUCUUCACCGCUUACUGAUGAUUGAAGGGAAGGUAAAUGCAUUUAUCCAUUGCUUUGUUGGUGUUCAAAGAAUCACUUCAUUAUAUGAUUUGGAAGCGGCAAUUUGCAAGCAUGAGGGUGUUGAUGAUUUUGAAGCACUUGGGUUGGGACCAUUUUUACAGCAUCCUCUGGUGAUGCAUUAUUUCUCAGUUCCUUCCCUUGUUACUGAGGUGUUUAAGAUAACUAACGAGGAGGUAGUAUGCUUCCUUAUUGAGUUAUUAGAUGCUUCUAAAAAUAAAGAAAUCAGAGUUGAAGAAUUAUUGGAUUUUAUUGCCAAGAAGAAAUCUGUCAAAUCCAAGGAAUUGCUUGGAAUUCGAGUUCAGAACUUGGGUAUGUAUAUCUCUGCCAUACGGGAAGCUAGGAAUUCAGAGCAAUCCACCUUGAAAAAAUGCUUGAAGACAUUAAGAUUGAAAAGCACAGGCAGGAAGAAGCGUCCACUUUUUUCCUCUCAGAAGAAGCAACUAGAUGAACGUUUCAGUACCAUUUCUCAGCGUGUCGAGACAUUUUCUUCAGCAGAAAAGGUUUUUAGUGGCACCCACAUAAGAUUUACAUCUAGCUCAGAGGAUGACGAUAGUGAUGGUUCUUUAGAUGAAGGUCGAAAUAAUAAUGCUAUUGUGGGCAGUCAGUUAAAUUCAUCAUCAUCACAAUUUGGAAAAGAUGCAGACAGAGUUAGUAGCUGCCCUUACCCAUCUGCUACUGAGGAGAUGAAACGGCUUGGUUUGCAAGGUGAUAGGCCAGGACAUUCUCCUGUUAAUGCCAACCUUGGAAAGGGAGUUAAUGAGACACCCAAAAAGAAAAGAAAAUAUGAAAAUGUGUCCAGUACAAAAUCUGCUCCUUCUAAGUUGCUCAAGAGACAAAAGAGAGAAGUUGAUGCACUUUCACUGGAUACUGAGGACAACCCCGAGGUGGAGAGCAGCAAUAGUGGCAACCUUUCAAUUACUGAUGAAUCUUUGCAGAUGUUUGUCACAACGUGGAAGGAAGCAUGUUGGGGGCAAGAUGUCACUCAGGUUUUGGAGAGGAUGCUUCAAUUUUAUGGAAUAAAAUCUAAACGGAUAAGGAAGAUCACAUUGAUGUUCUCAUCUUAUCCUUUCAUUGGGUUACUAAACGCUGCUGUUUCCUCCAUUAAAUCUGGAUUGUGGAACAGCAUUUAUGAUUCCUUCCAAGCUAUCAGCAAUAAUGAACUAGACAAUUCUCAUGCCAACAAGGAUUGUGGAUACGAGACCAUAGAUGUUGGACCAAGUGACAAACUUGUUCCUGUUAUAACAAAUGACCACACGGAGAAUAUAAAUUGCUAUUCUACUGGAGACAUCAUCAGAAAAAUUGAAGCCUAUUUUGAUGUUGGUAGCGAUGUACAUAAAUGUAGUCAAUCAUCAGUACAAAAUCAAAUUACAUUGUUGAGGAAACUUCAAAACUGUGAAAGUUGGGUGGCUGAGCAGCUUUGUGUGCAGAACUUUGGUUCUCUUGGUUACGGGGACUUCUUAUCCUUCCUUGAGAAGUAUGUUUCUCAGCUGCCCCAUGAGCUGCUCAAAUGGUCGGCUGGUGGCAUAUGUGAAAAAUCCUCUUUGGAGGCCCGCAUGCCAUCAAAUCAGUUGGCAGCUCUAGUGUCCCAAGCUCUUUCUAGUUUGUGGGAGAAUCAAACAGUAACCAAACAGAUGAUUUCCUUACUCCUUAUGAGGCAGUUUCCAGUUAUUGGUUUUGAACUCAUGGGAAAUAGUUCUCUGGAAGACUUUCUAGAUACUUUACAGAAGCAUGAAGCCAGUGUAGCAUCAAAAUGUGUUCUGUUUUCUGCAACAAUGAUAGAAAAGUGCCAUUUCCCAGAUUCAUUAAGCUGUGGAGAUGAUAAUCGGCUUGAACCUACUGGUGAUAGGUUUGAUACAGGCCAGAAAUUAAAAAGCUCCGGAACUCUUACAUCUAGAAAUGCAAUUGAAAUCUUACUUAGGGCACCAAUGUUGUCUGACUUAAGCAAGUGGUCUCACUGGGAUCUUAUGUUUGCACCUUCACUUGGCUCUCUUAUAUCAUGGUUAUUGGAAGCAAAUACCAAGGAGUUGUUGUGUUUGGUGGCCAAAGAUGGAAAAGUGAUGCGUUUAGAUCCCUCUGCCUCUUUGGACUCUUUCCUUGAGGCUGCAGUUCAAGGAUAUUCUUUUCAAACAGCAGUGAAUUUGAUUUCUUUAUUCUGUCUAUUUGGGGGAGAGAAGUAUGUUCCAUUGUCACUUCUAAAAUGCCAUGCUCAUCAUGCAUUUGAAGUCAUGUUGAGAAACACUAUGGAAAAUAUGGAAGUCAGUGAUGGUAGGCAUUCCCUGCUGCCUGGGGAAGCAUUAAAUAAUAUGACAAAUUUUGCUGACAUUUCAACAGCUAAUAUGAGAAGUGAAUUGUGCAAACAUAUUCAGAAAACGAAUAAGGCAGCGCCCAUCCUAUCAAGGUUUGUCCUUGAUUGUGUUGGUUAUCUACCUGCUGAAUUUCAUGCUUUUGCUGCUGAUGUGUUGCUUUCGGGAAUGCAAUCUGUUUUCACGGAAGCUGCUUCUGCUAUUUUAUGUGCAUGCAACAACAAGGAGGAACGUCUCAUGCUUCAUGAAGUAGGACUGUCUUUAGGUGUUUUGGAAUGGAUUAAUGAUUACCAUGCAUUUGUUUCAAGUGACAAUUAUAACCUGCUUUGUGCUGGUGAUUCAUGCUUGGAUAUUGGUAAAACUAGGGAAAGCAUAGGCCAGAAGCAUGACCAUGAUGUUGAAAAUAAAUUUCCUGUGCCUGAAGAAAAUAUAGUUGAAUCAUCCUCGGCAAGUGGAUUUAUCAAAGUUUGCAGUGAAAUAAGUCAAGUAGCUGACACAGGAAAAUCCAAUUAUGAUGAACCUGUCCAUGAUAGCCUGCAAGAUGAAUCUAGGCUUGUUGAAGAAAAGGAUGCAUCUCUCGUCAUUGAAUCUAUUAGGCGGGAUGAAUUUGGUCUGGAUCCUAGUCUUUCUGAUACUGAGAGCAACAUGUUGAGGAAGCAACACGCUCGGUUAGGUAGAGCACUUCAUUGUCUUUCACAAGAACUGUAUUCUCAAGAUUCACAUUUUAUUCUUGAACUGGUUCAGAAUGCAGAUGAUAAUAAUUAUCCAGAGAAUGUGGAACCAACACUGACGUUUAUUCUUCGAGAUUCUGGUAUUAUUGUUUUGAAUAAUGAGCAAGGUUUCUCCGUAGAAAAUAUGAGAGCACUUUGUGAUGUUGGCAAUUCAACAAAGAAAGGGUCGAAUGCUGGAUAUAUAGGGCAGAAAGGCAUUGGUUUCAAGUCUGUUUUCCGAGUGACAGAUGCUCCAGAGAUUCACUCUAAUGGAUUUCAUGUCAAGUUUGACAUCAGCGAAGGCCAGAUUGGCUUUGUUUUGCCUACAGUAGUACCUCCUUGCGACAUUGACCUGUUUAGUAGGAUGGCAUCUACUGAUGUAGAUUCAUUUGAUACUAAUCCUUGGAAAACAUGUAUUAUACUUCCAUUCAGGUCUCAUCUGUUUGAAGGAAGCAUCAUGAAUAGCAUUAUGUCUAUGUUUUCAGAUCUUCAUCCUUCAUUAUUACUUUUCCUCCACCGCCUAAAGUGUCUAAAGUUAAGAAACUUCCUCAAUGAUACGCUUAUUGAUAUGAGAAAAGAGAUUGUCGGAGAUGGUAUCAUUAGGGUUUCAUAUGGGAAAGAAAAAAUGACAUGGUUUGUAGUAUCUCAGAAGUUGCAGGUGCCGCAGAAGUUGCAGGCAAAUUAUCUUCGUUCGGAUGUACAAACAACAGAAAUCUCUAUGGCUUUUACUCUGCAGGAAUCAGAUAACAGCUACAGUCCAUGUUUGGAUCAGCAGCCCGUUUUUGCAUUUCUCCCUUUAAGAACAUAUGGCCUUAAAUUCAUUCUGCAAGGUGAUUUUGUUCUACCCUCAUCUAGAGAGGAAGUUGAUGGAGAUAGUCCCUGGAACCAGUGGUUAUUGUCGGAGUACCCUAGCUUGUUUGUCAGAGCGCAGAGAGAGUUUUGUGAACUUCCUUGUUUCAGGAGUAAUCCAGGAAAAGCAUUGUCUGCUUUCAUGAGUUUUGUUCCUUUAGUUGGAGAAGUGCAUGGCUUUUUCUCCAGUCUUCCCCGUUUGAUGAUUAAUAAUCUGCGUAUGGCAAACUGCUUACUUGUGGACAGUGGCAACAAUCAAUGGGCCCCUCCAUGCAAGGUCCUUAGAGGCUGGACUGAACAAGUUCGCAGUCUUCUUACUAAUGACUUACUUUAUGAACACCUUGGACUCAGAUACUUGGAUAAAGAUGUAGAAUUAUCUGAUGCAUUAUCCAAGGCACUAGGCAUUAAGGAGUUUGGAGUGAAUAUUCUUGUAGAAGUAAUGUCAAAGAUAUGUGGCAGAAGUAGUGGCAUGAUGUCAAUGGGUAUGAGUUGGUUGGCUUCUUGUCUUAAUACGAUCCAUGUAACGCUACUCAACUCAUCUCAUAAAAUGUCAGGAAGUUUUGAAACAAGAGAAGAUAUUCUAGAAAGUCUACAAAAAAUUCCAUUUAUUCCGCUUUCAGAUGGUACAUACAGUUCAGUUAGUGAAGGCACUAUAUGGUUGCACUCAAACACUUCAAGCACUGGGUUUGAUGGUGUGCAUAAAAUUGAAGCCUUCCCUAAUAUAUGUGCUAAUCUUCGAACUGUAGCUCCUUCCCUUCUUUCUUCAUCUUCUGCUGAUACUUUAGUCUUAAAUUUGGUUGUUGUGGACAAUGUUACCAGGCUGCUGCAGAGUAUUGGAGUUCAACAGUUAUCUGCGCAUGAUAUAGUAAAGCUGCAUAUCUUGCCAGCUAUGUCUGGGAUAAAAAGGGCUGACCAACACAGAAUGUUGCUGAUUGAAUACAUAUGUUUUGUAAUGCUGCACCUGAGAUCUACAUGCUCUGAAUGUUUAAUUGAGAAAGAGUUUAUAAUUUCAGAGUUGCGAUGCAAAUCUUUGUUAUUGACAAACUAUGGUUUUAAACAUCCUGGUGAUGUACCAAUUCAUUUCAGCAAAGAUUAUGGAAAUCCAGUUAAUGCGAAAAUGCUGGCAGAUGUUGUGGAUAUGAAUUGGCCUGAGAUUGACAUCGACUAUCUAAAGCACCCAGCUAAUGAGUCCCUUUCAUGUGGACCGGAAAAUUGGAGGGAAUUUUUUGAAAGAAUUGGCAUUACAGAUUUUGCUCAAAUAGUUCAGGUGGGUAAGAGUGUUACUGAUGUAUCUGAUUUUACUUUUAAGCAUGUGAUGUUGGAUAAGGGUCUAAUAUCUCCUGAAUUAUCGGUGAAAGAUUGGGAAUCCCCAGAACUAGUACAGUUGCUAACCCUGUUGUCUAAAAGUGGUAGCAAGAAAAAUUGUAACCAUCUCUUGGAGAUUCUUGACACAUUAUGGGAUUCUUGCUAUAGCGAUAAAACCAGAAGUUACUUAUCUAUAUCCGGUGGGGAUAAUCAUCCCUUUAAGUCUACUUUUAUGCACAAAAUAUGUGAUACGCAGUGGGUAGCGUCAACAAUGGAUGAUGAACUUCACUAUCCCAAAGAUUUAUUUUAUGAUUGUGAAGCAGUCCGAAUGAUCCUGGGAGCUUCUGCGCCGUAUGCCCUUCCAAAGGUGAGAAGUGAAAGGCUGGUAAAUGACAUUGGAUUUAAGACGAGAGUUACCCUUGCUGAUAUUUUGGAGAUUCUUGGAGUCUGGAGAAAGUCAGAGACUCCAAUCAAGGCCAGUAUAACACAAAUGUCCAAAUUGUAUGCAUUCAUCUGGAAUGAAAUGACACCGUCAAGGCAGAAAACAAGGGAGGAAUUAAUGUCAGGACCUUUUAUAUUUAUUCCAAACUCAUCUGUCCUUAGGCAUGAUGAUGUUGUAUGUGGGAUUUUAGUGUCUCCUUCUGAAGUCUAUUGGCAUGAUUUAACUGGCUCUGUUGACCAAGUUAAUGACAUCGGUCCUCAAAGUGCUUCGAUUGAGAGAACUUGUUCCUCUAUCAACAAGUCUUUAUAUAAAAUAUACCCUGGCCUUCGCGGAUUCUUUGUUGAUGAAUGUGGAGUGAAUGAAGCACCUCCUAUGCGCAGCUACAUUCAUAUUUUGCUGCAGCUUUCAACUGCCACUUUACCUUUACAAGCAGCUAAUAAAGUUCUCAAUGUUUUCCUCAAGUGGGCAGAUGGAUUGAAAUCUGGGCAACUGAGUAUUGAGGAUGUCAUAUAUUUGAAGGAAUGCCUUUCAACACUGGAAUUUCCAGUGCUUCCAACGAUCCAAGAUAAGUGGGUUUCAUUGCAUCCUUCCUUUGGUCUCGUGUGCUGGUGUGACGAUAAAAGUUUAAAAAAGGAAUUUAAGCAUUCAGAUAACCUUGACUUUCUCUACUUUGGAGACCUCACUGAUGAGGAGGAUCAUGAAAUUGUUCAACAAAAACUUUCAACCCUUAUGAAAUCCUUGGGCAUUUCAUCUUUGUCAGAGAUUGUAACUCGUGAAGCAAUAUAUUAUGGUCUUGCUGAUUGUGGCUUGAAGGCAUCAUUGAUAAACUGGGCUCUUCCAUAUGCACAGCGCUACGUACAUAAAGUUCAUAAUGAUAAAUUUUUUCAAUUGAAGCAGUCCGGGUUUGAUUUUCUGAAUCACCUUAAAGUCAUUGUUGUUGAGAAGCUGUUUUACAGGAAUGUCAUAAAGGGUUGUGGAAGCAUAUCAAAAACGCGAGUUGAAUGUAGUUGUCUUCUGCAAGAAAACUUUUUGUACACCACCCAAGAUGCAGAUCAUCAUUCUUUGUUUAUGGAGCUUUCUCGUCUGUUAUUUGAUGGCACUCCUGAGUUGCACUUAGCCAAUUUCCUUCAUAUCAUAACAACAAUGGCAGAAUCUGGUUCCUCGAAGGAGCAAAUAGAAUUUUUCAUAUCAAAUAGCCAAAAUGUGUCUGAAAUUCCUUUUGAAGAAUCAGUUUGGACUCUCUCUUCAUCUUCAUUGGAGACUGAUAAUAUACAACCAUCAGCUCAUGUACCAAAAACAAACGAACAGAUCUUUCCAAAAAGAAAGACUGGGGUAAGCUCAAACUGGCCACCUGUUGACUGGAAAACUGCACCAGAUUUUAGUUAUGCCCGUGCAAAUGGAUUCAAGACACAGGCUGCCCAGACUGGUGGCUGUAUUGAAAUGAAGAACGAUGGUUUUGAGAGCCUUAAUUCCGUAACAAUUUGUGCCGAUCCCGAGUCAGUUGAUGCUGACUGGACUAUUGAAGAUGGGCCGGUAGAAAGUACAGCAGCAAUAGUGCUGCAUGAAAGUGACAACUUGGAAGAUCAGUCCUGCCAAGACAGCUAUCAGACCACUUCUAAUCCUCAUACUGGCUUUGAUACAGUUAGUUUAGAAGAGGCUCUUUAUGAGCCUGGCAUGAGUUCAGCUUUUAGCAAGAGAGAUCAGCUCAUAACUGGCACACCUGAUGCAGCACAAGCACGGGCAACAGGAAGACUAGGUGAACUUCUUUCGCACAAAUACUUUGUCAGGAAAGUUGGUAAGGCUGCUGUAAAGUGGGUUAAUGAAACUAAAGAAACGGGGCUUCCAUUUGACUUAGUCAUCGGGCAGGAGCCCAAUAAAGAGUUCAUAGAAGUUAAAGCAACAAGAUCUUCAAGGAAAGAUUGGUUCAAUAUAACAGUGAGAGAAUGGCAGUUUGCUGCCGAUAAAGGCGAAUCUUUUAGCAUCGCACAUGUAGCAUUAAUGGAAAACAAUGUUGCUAGGAUUACGAUUUUCAAAGAUCCAGUGAAGCUAUGCCAGCAAGGUGUGCUGCAAUUGGCUGUUGUGAUGCCAAAACAACGGGAGUUCGCUGCCGUACCUUAGCUGCUACUCUUGUUAGACCCUGUGGUGAGGAAGUACCCUGCGAGGCCACUAUGGAAUCUAGAGAAACAGUGGGGUUCACUUCAUCCUCUGUUCAUUUAAUUUGAAUGGCACUUGGGCGGAGAGUCUUCAGCAUUUAUUGACCCCUAGCGUUGUGGAGCUCAAUAUUUUAGUGCUACAUGGAUUCCUUAUUCCACAUGCCCGAAGUUUGGGUGUCUCCCCACUAGAAAAUGACGCCUAAUGCAGUGGGGGAAUUUUGGCAUCACUGUGUUUAUGGUUUAAGCUUAUUCACAGUCACACUUUUCUUAGUUCUCAUCCAGGUGAUCGAUCUUCAACAAGGGUUCUGCAAAAUAAGGGUUUGAAGGGUUCGGCCAGAUGAGGAUCUAGGCCACUGAAUGGUUGAAACCCGCACACCCCCCCCCCCUAUAUGCUUCAAGAGGAAUUACAUGGGGAUAGAUUGAUACAAUAGAAACCUCUAGUAAAAUGCCCACCUAUAAACCAGUGGAUAAAGUACAUUACAUAGUCCGUCUUAGGGAUUGGUAAUUUACCCAUUCAAUGACUUUGGCAUCGGAUGUUCCCAAAAUGGGUACAAAAAUUGUCAUCUCUGGGUAGUUUCUCCUAACAAAAUUUACAUCAUAGGGCGUUAAUUUUUAUUUAUUUUUGGAUCAAUAUUUAAGACGUGGAAAGAUGCGAAUUAGCUUGUUUCCUAAAAUGAAUGUAAAUAUCUUUGUAUUCUGAAAGUGUUGGAUAUCAAUUUUGUGUAAGGCCAAAAAUAUCAAUUUUGUGAUUC